AUGACGGACUCGCAGCCUGAAGCUUCGACCUCUAAUCGUCCCCCGCAGAAGUGCAUCCUCUCCCAAGCUCAUCUGGCGGCGUUUCAGCGAUCCAAGACCCAUGAUGAGAUCGUGAGCUUUGUACACGAGCUGGACGAUUCCAUCGUCGGUGUGAAACUAUCGGAAGCCGGUGAUGGCUCAGAGCGCACACGACCUCUCGUGAACAUUCUCGACGAAAUCUUGGAGAUUGCCAAAGCGACACCUCCCGUCGAUAACAAGCUUUCUCGAUUUGGUAAUCCUGCUUUCAAAACGUUCUAUGACAAGGUGGGGGAAGCUUCCAGGGGUCUGCACGAAAGAAUACCUGGUUUGCCACCGGGGGCUAUAGACGGGCUCGAGAAGUACCUUCAGGAAGCAUGGGGUAACAAGCAGCGGGUGGAUUAUGGGAGCGGAAUGGAACUAAACUUUCUCUGCUGGUUACUAUGUCUCUCCAAGCUGGGCUUGUUGCAAAAAGAAGACCAUCCUUUCAUAGUGCUUGGAAUCUUCUGGCGCUAUAUCAAGAUCAUGCGUUAUCUCCAAUCCACCUACUGGCUGGAACCCGCCGGAUCACACGGCGUGUGGGGUCUGGACGACUACCAAUUCCUUCCUUUUCUGUGGGGCGCCGGGCAGUUAAGGACCCACAAGCAUCUCACCCCCAAAUCCAUACACGAUCCAGAGAUCCUCGAAGCUUUCGGAGAUGAAUACAUGUAUCUCUCCUGCAUCUCUUUCGUCAAUUCCAUCAAGAGCGCUUCUCUCCGGUGGCAUUCUCCCAUGCUCGACGACAUAUCCGCCGUCAAAACGUGGGCAAAAGUCGAUAUGGGUAUGAAGAAGAUGUACGCUGCCGAGGUGUUGGGUAAGCUACCGGUCAUGCAACAUGCCUUGUUUGGUGAUCUGCUACCGUUUCCUACCCCAGAAGAGGAUCCAGAGUUGGCCAAAGCCAUUGAGGAGGAAGGUGCGGGUGAGGUGGACUCACAUGGGCAUGUGCAUGCCAAAGGGGAGAAUGGAUGGGCGAUGGAUUGCUGUGGGAUCCCAGCAGUCCCAUCUGCUUUUGCACAAGCUCGGGUGGAAACGUCUAGUCACCCCAAGAGCCUCAUGGGUCCAGUCAUAUCACCAUUCGUCGCUCGUCCAGGCAUCAAGCCCAUCCCCUUUGACUGA